AUGGAGGUGGACCCAAAGCUGAUGGGAUGGCCAAGGAGUCGACCAUCAAGCCAUGAUACCAGCUACCCUAGACCUUCACAGUCAGGAACAGCGGAAGAAAUAGAUCAAGCUUUGUCUGAAGAGAGCACCUCACUGAUGUCUUCAGAGGAUAAUUCCCUAGAAGGUGAAAUUUAUGAAGAAGAGGACGAUGAAAGUGACGACGAUGGUUAUGUUCACCAAGAUUAUGAUGACGAUGCCGUAUUGUCAAGAGUUGCCCGGAAAAGCCGGCGGUCUGGCUUUUCUCAUGGAUAUGACGACGACAGCAUUCGUAGAGUUCCCAGACGUGGACCGCUGAGGCCUGUAGAGCCGACUGUGGAAUUCAAGAACAUACAAUCUGAGGCUACAUCUGCUUUCAUUGACGCUGAUUAUGACCGAGCUCUUGACUUGGUGAAGCAGGCUAUUCAUCUAAACCCAGAGAUUUUCCAAGCUCACGUUUUACUUUCCGAGAUUUUCCUAGCCCAGGGUCAGAAGAAAAAGGCAUUAUAUGCACUUUUUACCGGAGCCCAUACACGAAGGAAGCCAGAAAUCUGGCUUGAGGUUGCUAAUCUGAUUUUAGAGAGAGCUGACAGCGAUCGAGCGGCUGCAUUAGACGACGUUGUUUAUUGCUAUAGCCGUGUGAUUGAUAUCGAUCCAAAGCGACACGAUAUACGAUUUGAAAGGGCUGCGAUAAAUGAAGAGUUAGGUUAUAAAGGAAAAGCCGUUCAGGAGUAUGAAAAAAUACUUGAGUUCCUUCCCCAUAACACGAACGCCUUAAGACCCUUGGCCGCACUCUAUAUUGAGCUAGGGGAAAUAGGAAAAGCCAAAGCUCAUUAUGAGAGGUGUAUAUCGUACAACAUGGGCCUCCGCCCGGAGGAGGUAGAAGAUUUCACCUGGUCUGAUGUGAACAUAUAUGUUGAGCUUUUCUCCUACGAGCAUAACUACCUAUCUGGAAUAUUAUCCCUCAAUAGUCUGGCCAGGUGGCUUCUAGGUCGUAAAGAAGAUGCUAGCUGGGACCUAAUUGAUGAUGACCGCGAAUGGGAUGCGGAUGACUAUCCACGCCGGAGCGCAACUCCCUGGUUUGUCCCAGGCCAAUACCCUCUUGAAUCAUAUGGCAUCGGACUACCUCUCGAGUUACGGAUAAAACUCGGGGUAUACCGCUUGAAAACGGGCUAUAAAGAUGAAGCACUGUUUCACUUUAACUGGCUUGAACCAGAGGAUAAUUCUCCUGGUGCCAAGUUGUUUGAUUAUGGAGAUUUGUUCAGGGAAGCAGCCGAUUCAAUGAAGGAUAUUCAGCUCUAUGAAGAAGCCCUCCGAUUUUAUAUACCCCUUCAGCAUGUCCAGGACUUUGCAAAUACUAGCCUUUUUUUGGCGUUGGCAGAAUGCUAUGAUGCCUGCGGAAAUAAGGAAGAAACCGAAAGAUGCUAUUUAACAGUGGCAGAAUACGACAAAACUAACAUAGAGGCACGAACUAAGCUGGCCCAUUUCUAUGAGAAGAUGGGCAUGACUGACCAAGCUCUCAAGUACAUCACAGAGGCAGCUGACAUUGGUCGGGAAGAGGUAUUGUCACGCCGGAAGCCUAGAUUUGGCCCAAACAUUGGAAAGCUGGCAAAUUAUUUCCGAGAUGUUGAACCACGAGCUCUCAAAAGUGUCGACCAACUAGCUUCUACCGAAAGUACCCUAACCCCAACUGCUACAGACUUGGUUACCGCGGAAGAAAGUACUAGUAUUGGAUUUAUCCCACAUUCCGCUACCGGCCUACCAAGAGAACAACGAACAAGCGAUGUGGCGAAACCAGAUGGUGAAAAUGUGAGGUAUUUAUACACAAAGAUGUUAGAAUUGCAGCCGUACAUGCGACAGGGCCAGCAAGAUGCUACCAGAGACUGGCUUGAUAUCGCAUAUGCUUUGCUGUGGGAUUUCCGGUCCAACAGAGUUUUCUUUCCGUUACAAAAGAAGAUGACCUUUUUAGGAUACUCUAGGGAAGCGCAACGCAAGGCUGGAAGAUUAAAGUCCACAAACCUCCUUGAUGAACUCCAGGAGAUAUCCGACCGUAUUCAAGCCUCGAUGGGAACCCCUGAAAUUGAUGCUAACUCUAUACCCAAUGACUACCACGGUAUAGAUUUUGAUAGUUGGUUGGAUAUAUUCCUUGAGUAUGCCCUUGUUCUAUCUGGCCAGGGACAAGGGGACGAAGCGUAUGACACGCUUGGUGCGGCGGCUGAUGCGAAUAUAUGGUAUCAUUCCAAAGCAUCUACAUGCAGAAUAUAUAUAUGCUGGUUUACAUGCGCUCUUCGGCUCAAGGAUGAAGACAGAUUAUCUGAUAUUGCACGGUGGUUUAUGAAAGAAUACCAAUUCGUCACCGAUGCUUAUCGACUGUUUGUGACCCUAAGUAGGGUCUGUGGUAACCCCCAAAGAUCUCUCUUUCAUUCGGCACCAAGUAUGAAGUUUAUGCUUCGGCAAGUCAAAGCAGUUGAUUAUUCGCUUCCCCCUGACCCUUUAUCGCCAUUUAAACGCUCGCCCGAGUCCGUAUUUCAAGAACGCGCAAGUCUCACGACAAAAGAUGCAGAGGGCGAAUUUAUACCCGCUGAGGAGAUGGACGUUGCCUUGUUAGUGCUAUACGGACACAUCCUCUAUGCUGGGAACAGUUUUACAAAUGCUUUGAAUUACUUCUUCCGCGCAUACGCCCUUGACCCUGAGAAUCCAGCGAUUCUCCUGUCCAUUGGGCUUAGUUAUAUCAAUCAUUCGCUCAAACGUCAGUCAGAUAAUAGACAUUACCUUGUCAUGGAAGGUUUAGCUUUCAUGCAAGAGUACCGUCGGAUUCGGUCCCAAAGCUCAAUACUGCAAGAAAAGCAAGAAGUUGAAUUCAACUUUGCUCGGGUUUGGCAACUAUUGGGAAUUGGUCACCUCGCUGUCGAAGGCUAUCAGAAAUGCCUUGAAAUAGGCGAAGAGAUCGAACUCGAGCGUCAAAAGGUCCGAAAUAUAGAUGGCGGUGGAGGGACACCAGCGUGUAGACAGGGUGGGGAGGCCUGGCUGGAAGAUUUCUCUCGACAGGCGGCAUACGCUUUGCAAUGCCUUUAUUCGCAAUCAGGUGAAAAAGAACUUUGCAAGAGGAUUACAGAGCAAUGGCUUGUGAUCUGA